CACUUCCCCCGCACCACCGCCAGCCACCCCGCCAAGCACCGACAAGAGGGGGGACCCUCCUCGCACGCACACUUUCCUUUCUCCCCGGCUUCUGACGGCGGCGGGCUCGGCUGCAAGCGAGCCGGAGCAGAACCCGGGUCAGCGGCUAGGGGCGGGGUGGAGGGGGCAGGGGUACGAGACUAUGCACUGAAACUUUUUGUCCAACUUUUGGGCUGUUCUCGCUCCGGAGGAGCCGUGGUCCGCGCCGGGAGCGCCGAGCCGUACCAAGCGGAGAGCAGUGUUCGCUCGGGCCCGGAUCAGCAGCAGCGGCGGCGGCAGCUGCGGCGGCGACAAGAGGAGGAAGAAGAAAAAGAAGAAAACGAAGAGGUGCGGGGGCCGCGGGAGCGGCAGAGGCUCGGCUCUAGAGAGCCGGGCUCAUGGACGGGUGAAGCCUUAGAGAGCACCGUGAGCGCCCAGCCCGCUAGCGCGCCCCAGGCCCUGGCCCGGGCCUUGGCCCCGGGGGAAAAAGGAGACAGCGAAGAAGGCGCCGGGGGGACAAGGCCACCGACGCCGCCACUGCCGAGGAGCGAGAGAGGAAGGAGAGGGAGUGAGAGUCUUACCGGCCCCGACCGGGCCUCCGAAACCAUGAACUUUAUGCUCACUUGGGUACAUUGGUGCUUAGCCCUGCUGCUCUAUCUCCAUCAUGCUAAGUGGUCACAGGCAGCACCCACCCCAGAAGAAGGAGAACGGAAAGCUACCGAGGUGGUGAAGUUUAUGGACGUCUACCAACGCAGCUAUUGCCGGGCCAUCGAGACCCUGGUGGACAUCUUCCAAGAAUACCCCGAUGAGGUGGAGUUCAUCUUCAAGCCCUCUUGUGUCCCUCUGAUGAGAUGUGCCGGCUGUUGCAAUGAUGAGGGGCUGGAGUGUGUCCCCUACGAGGUGCACAACAUCACCAUGCAGAUCAUGAGGAUUAAGCCUCACCAGGGCCAGCACAUUGGGGAGAUGAGCUUCUUACAGCACAGUAAAUGUGAAUGCAGACCAAAGAAAGAUGUCAAAGGAAAACAAGAGAAAAAAUCAAAUCGAGGCAAGGGGAAGGGGCAAAAGCGCAAGCGAAAGAAAUCCCGGUAUAAAUCCUGGAUCGUUCCCUGUGGGCCUUGCUCAGAGCGGAGAAAGCAUUUGUUUGUACAAGAUCCGCAGACGUGUAAAUGCUCCUGCAAAAACACAGACUCGAGGUGCAAGGCGAGGCAGCUUGAGUUAAACGAACGAACUUGCAGGAUCCCCCCCGUGGAGGGUGGAGUGUCGGGGUUCUGUCCUGGCCGAGUGUCAGGAAACCUGCCCCUCUUGGCAGGGCGCAAAGACUGGCGUGGCUCCGUGUGGUGGUGUUGUCGUGGAGGAUGUGACAAGCCAAGGCGGUGAGCCCCCUUCAGCAUUUCCAGAGCCAGACCUCUCAGACCUGGAAAAGAAAGAAUCAGUACAAUUAUGAGAAACCACAAGCCACCACCCACCACCACCACCGUCACCAACACUGACAACCCAAUGAUGAUGAAACUAACACUAAUCCAAAAGAAACCUUAAAUGAAGGAUGAAGAGAGGCGCAUAGCACUUUGAGUCCGGAAGGUGUGACUCCGGCAGAAGCAUUCCCGGGCAAGAGACCGAGCAAGGGUCCCUCUUCCAGUUGGAUUGCAAUUCUGUUUUUCAUGCUGCUAAAUCAUGGAGCCAGGAAGAUUAGAGGGUUUUAUUUCUGGGAUUCCUAUAGACACACCCACACGCGUACAUGCAUUCAUAUAUAUACAUAUAUAUAAAAAUAAAUAUAUAUAUUUUAUAUAUGCAUAUAAAAUAUAUAUAUUCUUUUUUAAUAAUUAACAUUGCUAACGUUAUUGGUGUCUUCACUGGAUGUAUUUGACUGCUGUGGACUUGAGUGGGGAAAAAAAAUACCCACACAGAAUCCAGCUGGGGAAAGAUGGGAGCAGUGAUAUUGGCAUGGCCACCUUCUUUUGGAGGAGGCCAGAGCUCUCUAUCUGUGCCUUCCACUCUGUCCCUCCCUGGCCUGCCUUGUCCUGCUGGCCCCAGGAAGAAUGACUGAACGAGAGGUCCAGCACCUGGAGGUUGAAUUUGACGCCUGGCUCUGGGUUUUGAGGGCAUGUUGACACAUACCCAGCUGUGUCUCCCAUAUUUUACUCCUCUAUUGGAUUGCACCUUGGACCUGUCCCCUAGGUUGUUGUUGUUGUUGUGUUUUUUGUUUUUUUGUUUUGGGUUUUUUUUUUUGUCAAAGAGGGUGAGAGGGUUGGGAGAUGGGAGACAGAAAAGACGAAGCAGCAUGGUUAGGAGGAAUGGGGACCAGAGAAUGCUACAGUGCUGGGGUGCUCUCCAAACCCCCCUGAUGACAAGACAUCUUAUCCCCUGGGUCUAUAUUGCCUGGGUACCCUUCACAACACAGUGGAACAUUUCUGGAGAGGGAUAUUACAAUGAUGUGGAGACAGGGGGUGGGGCAUUUUAUGUGAUAAUACAUCACUCUCCCCCAAUGCAAUCCCCCUCCCCAAACCUUUUCCCAAGGAGGAGAAGCUAUCCCCCUCUGUCUUCCUCUUGCUCACUGAGGCAGGCUGCAGAAGGCAGAGAUAAACCCUCAAGACUACUAAACCACUAGGAAGCUUCCCCCAGAGUAUUUGAGUUGGCUUGUCUGAUGGCAGGCAGGCACAAAGGGUGAAGGGCGAAUGGGUGGCCGGGUGGCUGUGGGUGUGGGAGUGCUUCCCUGACCCUGGACCCUGACCUUGCCUCCCACUCCACAGUGGGGAGAGACAGAGCAGGAUCCAUAUGCCUGGUAUGGAGGCAGAGAAAAGAAAAAAAGUGUUUUAUAUUACUUAUUUAAUAUCCCUUUUUAAUUAGAAAUUAAAACAGUUAAUUUAAUUAAAAGAGUAGGGCUUUUCAGUAUUCUUGGUUAAUAUUUAAUUUCAACUAUUUAUAAAUAUACCUCUUUCUCUCUUUCUCUCUCACUCUUUCUCUUCUAUUUGUAUUUUUUUUUUGGGGGGAAUAAAGUUCAUGUUUCCAGUAAAUCCCCACCUCAACUGGGGGGGGGACCAUUGGCGAUGGUCAGUAGCAUGCCCCAAACAGGUAUUUAAUUUUUCUAACAUUUGCCCC